CGGCACAGUGCAAGGGGCUGCACAGUGGGACAGGGCGGACAGUGCAACCCAUGGUGAAGGGGCCGAGUCCCUGCUCCCCGACCAGCUCAACAAAGCACAAAACUACCCCCUCUCUCUCCCAGGAAUAUCCUGCAGAGGGGAGAUGUAAGGACUGUGGUAGGGGUGUGGACAUGGUGCUGGCUGGCUACGACUGUGUGGUUGGGGCAUUCUUACUGCUGCACCUCGAAGCCUCCGUUUGUUCAGAGAUGGUGAAGCCGUUUGCUUUGAUCAACGGGCGCCCGCGGCCGGUGGUGACGCUGGAGGAGAACGCUCCCCGUGAGUUCACCUGUCGCAUGGAGGGCUGGAAGUCGGUGCCCGUUGUCACCUGGUACCUGAAUGGCAAGAGGCAGCAGAGUAACCAGACAGUGCUGGUGCCCAGCGCCAGUGAGAGCAGCAACAGCAGCUUCAGCACCUUCGUCAUCACCACCCGUCGCAAGGACAAGGAGCUCAACUGCUCCGCCACUGACCCGGUCAACGGCAAGACUCAGAACGCCAGUGUCAUCCUCAACGUGCAAUUUAAACCUGAGGUUGUCCGCAUGGAUGCUGAGUACAAGGAGCACAAUGACUCGGGGCUGUUCCUGGCGCUGUUUGUCCUGGUCCGUGCAAACCCUCCUGCAACAAUCACCUGGGUGGAUGAGAGUGGCACGGUGAUUGUCAACACCUCCAACUUCAUGAUCUUGGACACCAAGAGUUACCCAUGGUUGACCAAUCACACGGUGCAUGUGCAGCUAACCAGCCUGGCGAAGAACUACUCCUUCACCGCCGGCAACCAGUUUGGUGUCACCAACUCUUCCAUUGGCUUUCAUGGGUUUCUCCAUGCUAGUGUGGAAGUGCCCAUGUUGGUCAUUCUCCUCGGCGGAGGCCUGGGCUUCCUGGCCAUCCUGCUCCUGAACGUCAUGGUGCUGUGUAUCAUCUACCGCAGGAAGGAGAGCGCAGAUGUAAAACCCGGCAGUGACUCAGUGGUUCACAGCGACUCAAUGAAUGUUAAAUGUGAUGAAGCACACAUUCCCAGAGAGAGCAUCUCGCUCCAGUCCAACCUCCACCUGGGUCAUAAUCAGGAUGUUCACGCCCCGAACCAGCCCCUCACAGAGACCGAUGAAGCAUCGAAGCAUCUGUCUGACCACCAGGCAGCGGGCAGUGAUCUGUCUGGUCAAGAAAAUGCUGCAGACACAGACCCGAAAGGAGCCCAUCAUUUCCCGAUGUCCGGGUACCUCUACAAAGUCUCCAGUUUGAGCAGCGAUGAGAUCUGGCUUUAGUACCAUGGGUCAUUUGGUCACGGCCUGAAGGACAAAGGCCUGCCAUGAAUGUGGGGACGCGCACAGCCCCAACAUCCAGCGAUACAGAACUCAGAGCAGGAUUACAACGUGCAACAUUAAACUCCAAUCUCCAAACCUCCUGGUGGUGCCUUGGAAUGACUGGACAGUCGGUCGGUGUAAGCACACAAAGAAUUCCGGGGCACAGUUCAUCCGAUCUAGUUAUUCACUGAAGCAACAGCAGGCACUUUGGGUGAGGUUGCUCCCCUGUCCAUUUUGAGCAGAAAUUUAGAUUUACAGAAUUAAACCCUGUUGACGGGCCUUCAUCUUGUGACAGUUUGAAUGUACUUCCCAAUUAAUCUGUCCUGCCCCAAUUUUGUUCCCAAACCUGAGAUCCACUUUCUGUAUCUUUCUCUUUGCUUUUCCUUUUGUACCAGUUUGACUUGAUGUGGUGUUGCAGUAAUCCCUCGUUGUAGGGGACCAUC